AUGGAGAUAAAGAGAAAAAUAGGGAAAGAACUAGGGCAUGCAUCAGUAGUUACCGUUCGCUCUCACUUACCUUCAAUCUUCGUCUUUUCUGAUCCCCAAUCGAUUUUUAUUUUAUUUUUUAUUUCUUCCCCUGGAUCAUUCUGUCAUACCCACUGCCGUUGCUUCUUUUUGUUGCAUCUAUCGACGGCGUUGUUACGGCGUUGUUGCGGCGCAGUCACCGAACCCUCUUCACCCGUCGAGUUGUCCAGAACAUCAUCAACACUCCAAUCUGCCAGCUUUUCAAAGGAAAGUCUCUCGGCCUUGUUCAAUAUUGCCUCCGUCUUCUUUCAAUCGAGAAAAACAAAACUUCCAACUUUACCACCGCCAGUCUCCAACUACCCCCCCGCGAAACCGUCAAGAUGUGCUCCCAAUACUUCUACAAGUACGAUUGCGGCUGUACCCACCCAGAAGGAGAUGUCGUCUACUGCGCCAAACGAGGCACAUCUUGCACUGGGGUGCGCCAGCAAGUCCGCCGACGAGAGGGCUACAACUGCCCCCAACACGGCGGCUAAUCGUCGUGAUAGUCUUCAGAAACAAAGCCCUGGGUUUAAGGGAGAUCGAUCCGUUAUAUUUCCGACGAACGGAUUGGAUAUCGGUGUUGCCGAGAGGCGAGCCUCUCAGUGA